AUGCUGGAACUUCCCACAGACUUUUACCAUAUGGUGUGCGAGGAGCUCGCGAAUAGACAAGAAUUCGGAACUCUGUUCAACUGCGCUUUAAGCGGCAAGAUUCUUGUUGGCCCUGCUCUAUUAUGGCUGUACAGCAGCGAAGGCAACGACAACGAUCUCACUCAAAAUGAUACCUUUCAAGGGCGGUUGGAUGCGCAGAAGAGGACGUUUCUCAAUUGGGCACUUCAAUGGAAGUCUAUCACUCGGUCAAGUCUUGGGAAUACCGCAUACCCAUACUGCCUAUGGAUCAGGUCCCUCGACCUCCGAAAUCUAUCAUAUCUGCUGGAAGAUAAUAUGUUCCGCGAAGCUCAAGAGUCCUUUUUCGCAGAAGAUAUGGCUGGCUUCCUCAAGGCGCCAGAAACUCCCAUGAAGUUAAAGGUUCGAGGAGCCAAAGCAAAGAAGCGUCUCGAUAUCCAAAGUGUACUCGAACUUAUUGGAGAAUCAAUAACAAGCUUCAUCAGCGAGGCCGCUAGCCAGAACAGAGCCACGGUAGCUGUUGAGGAUCUUUCGGGAGAUAUUCGUGCCACUGUUCUACCAAAGUGGGUUAGCCGUAUGUCCAAACUAAAGAGCAUGACUUUGUGGGAUGGAGGUGCCUUGAAUGCAGAUGUGGCCGAAGCGAUUACGAAAAGCUGUCAUAACUUCGACGACUUGACAUUUUACCUGUGUCUGGCGGAUACGGACAAUGAUCUAGCAGCUUUCUUCCGCGGUCUACGACAAAACUCCCUGCGUUCUUUUGCCGCCAUAAGUGCUGCAUCGGUCGGCCCUCAAAGCCUGCUGUCCCUGAAUCACCAUGCCCAGUCCUUGAAGAGACUAAAGCUCGAUGGUCUAAAACUGGAUGCAAUCAAGAAUUUAUCCUACCUCCAGGGCUGCGACAGACUUGAAAGUCUUGAAAUCUCAGACGCCGACGGAACAAUCAACUUAGAAGCAACAGAGAAUGAUGUAUAUCUCGAAGUGGUUGCCUGGUUAAGUAAAUGCACCAGUCUUCGCGAGCUCCUUGUCAGAAACUUUGUCAGUGGCCCAGUGAUUCUUACGGAAGUCUGCCUGUCAAACAACAUCCGACUUCAAAAGCUGCAAGUUGUUGGCUAUCCCAUGGUCGGUAAUCGCGACUUUCACAAAGCAUUAUCACAUCAGAGUAACCUCGAAUCCUUGGAGCUUCGAGCGGAUCCAGAAGGCGCCUUUCGUGAUGACAUUGAAGAUUUGAUAACCUCUAUCUCUCGCUUGAGCAAGCUCAAGUAUCUCAAUCUUCUAUCCACCUCCGACUAUUUCCGCACACAGGAGAUUCUGGCUUUGGUACCUCAACUGCAAAAUUUGGAAGAGUUAUGGUUUGGUGGUUACGAUGUUACAGAUGAUAUUUGGCACAGUAUGGCAAACUUGCACCAUCUACGUGCUCUCAACAUCCACGCUGUGACGUCCUUCACCUCCAGCGGUAUCCUUGCAUAUAUCUCAACUUUGCAAGAUACGAAUCAAGGCAUGUUACUUUCUGUGAUGGCACAGAGUCCAGAGCAUGGUCUUACGGAAGUCGAGGAGGUCACAAUCAGAUUGGGUAUUGCUGCCAGAAUAGAUGGCAGAUUCGAGUACACUUUGUACAGAGAAAUCGAUUCAGAUGCUGAGUCAUUCUCGGACUAA